UGUGUGAGCUGCAGGAGCUGGGAGAGUUAUCCCCCUGCUGGGAGAGUCUGCGGCGUCAGAUUGUCUCCCAGCACCAGUCUAUAUUACAGAGAUACCAGGAAACGCUGUCUGACCUCAACAACUACAGGGGUCCGUCGUUCAAAGCCAGUAACCUGAAGGCAGACAGAAAGUUGGAGUUUAUGCCAACCAACCUGCACGUGCCGAGGAUGAGGGUGCAGGAUGAGCUGGGUUUCGAUCACAUGUAUGAUGUGUUAACGAUUGGCGCUCCGGCUGCUCAUUGCCAAGGUUUUAAAAGUGGAGGGCUGAGGAAGCUCGUCCAGAAGUUUGAAGAGGCAAAGAAACACAGCGCCGUCUCCAGCUCGCAGUCCAUUGUUUACAUCCCCCAGGACAUCACUCGAGCCAAAGAGAUCAUCUCACACAUCAACACGCUCAAGACUCAGGUCAACUACUACUCUGAGAGGCUUUCCCGAGCUGCCAAAGACCGGUCAGCCAGCGGCCUGGAGAGGACACUCGCUAUCCUGACUGAUAAGACUCGUCAGCUAGUGACUGUGUGCGACUGCAAGCUGCUGACCUUGGCCAUUCAGGCUUUGGAUGCCGCACGGCUCGAGUACAUCGCCUCUAAAGCGUCUCCUUCUGCCGAAUCCGAACAAGUAGUCCUCCGCAACGACCAGGACACCCUGCUCGCCAAGUGGAGCGGUUGCAACAGCCGUUCAUCACUGCAUGUGGACUGGCACGAAGAGGAGUGGGUCUACCGAGGUCUCGCUCCCAGACUUGUCUCCCCGAGCUGCUGAGGUUUCUGGGCCAGAACGUCAACGCCAGGAAGAACAAGAACGUGGACAUCCUCUGGCAGGCUGCCGAGAUCUGCCGCCGGCUGAACGGCGUGCGCCUCACCAGCUGUAAGAGCGCCAAAGACCGCACCGCCAUGUCUGUGACGUUGGAGCAGUGCCUGAUCCUGCAGCACGAACACGGCAUUGCGCCGCAAGUCUUCACGCAGGCCCUCAGCUGCAUGCGCAGCGUUGGGACGAGGGAAGGGGUGACCCAGAAGAACCUGAGCGGCCUGCUGCCGGUGCGGGACUUGCACCUGGACCCCAGCCUCAUGUACUCGCUGCCGCUGCUGGCGCUCAGCCCCAACCUGCUGGUGGUGUGGAUCUUCCUCAGCAUGGCGUACUUCUUGGCCAAACUGCGCUGCAGCUGAGCGACUCAGAGUGUUUCUGAGGACUGGUUUCUGAAACCAGUGUCGACUAAGGGCUUCACACGACCCCUUC